UGUCCCGUCAAGGAAAUACAAGCGGCAAGCCAGAAACUAGCUUCAGCAUUGCAGUACGACUAAGACCAGUAAGCAUGGUAAGAGCUCAAACCGGCCAGAGCCUGUCCUGAGGUAAACCUGCUUGCAGCUGCUCCUCAUGAUCAGAAUUAGGCAACGUUUACAGGAGAGCGGUAAAGAUGUCGCUGCUACUAACGGACGCCCAGCUUGCUGAGUACAAGGACAAUGGGUACAUUGUCGUGCGUGGUUUGCUAACGCCGAACGAAGUGGCGGAAACACGAGAAGAAAUGCGGCGUAUGAUUGAUGAUUGGUACGACGACUUCGAGUCGAGCGGCAAGGAGGGUCCGGCAUGGAAGGAAGUGGUGCAGCGAGACCCUGCAGUGCAGAGAGGUGAUCUUGUCCCGGAGUCGCGCUACCGAGCAGUGCGCAAGCUGUACCGCAUGACCACUACAAGUAGCUUCUUUGAGAGACAAGCGCGCCACAAAAAGCUUGUCGAGGCAUGUCAGCAACUCGUUGGAAAGGACAUCCGACUACUUCAGUCAAUGGCUCUCCUCAAACCGCCAGGAACUGCUCAGAAGCGCUGGCACCAGGACAAUGCCUAUUUUCGCCUAACACCGAUCGACGUCAUGGGCUGCUGGAUAGCAAUAGACCCGGCGUUUGUGCAGAAUGGAUGCAUGCAUGUACUGAGUCAGUCCCAUGGCAAUGGCAUAGCACUGCACAGGAUGCCGGAAGGGUCGGAGGGCAUGACCGAGCAGGGUGCCGUCCUGUACAGCUUGGCCGACAUACCCGAUGAGACGCAGGUAACACCAUUGCCAAUGGAACCAGGGGAUGCACUGCUGUUCCACGGUGCCCUCAAACACUUCACACCUCCCAAUAGAUCUAACGUUGAUCGCUAUGCAGUUCAGUAUCACUAUGCAGCCGCUCACUGUCAGCCAACUGUAUGCCCAAUUGACAUGGAAAAUAGUGUCAAAGCUACUGGAGGACCUGGUGAUGAUGAUAAGCGACAUGCUGCAUUUGACUGUGAUCCGUGUGUGGAACCACAGUUCUGGUUCUUCCGUAAAGCAGAGAUGACAGUAGUGGGAGAAGAGAAGGGAGGCGUGUACAUUUGAGUGUACUGGUGUUGAAGUAGAUCAUGGCAGGAACGUGGAACAUCUCCAAAAGUCGAUUCGUUUGUCUUUACUUCAUUUCUGCAUCCUUGAGGUGAUUUGACUGUGUGUGUGUGUGUGUGUGUGUGUGUGUGUGUGUGUGUGUGCUUGAUUGUAGGUUUGUUGGCACAUAUGUGUCUCUGAAUGUGUGUGUGUGUGUGGUCGUGCAUGUCCCGUGUGUAUGUAGUAUGUAUGUGCGCACCGUUGUGUGUGUGUAUGUGUGUGUGUGUGUGUGUGUGUGUGUGUGUGUGUGUCUCUGUGUAUGUGUUCAAAUCCCCCCCCGUGUGUCUAAUGUAUGUACAUUGAUGCUGUGUUGUAUAUGGAUUAAAUACUUGACGAAGAGUAUUAGCAGAAUUUCUAAAUGGUAAAAACCCUCACCUUAUACUUCGAAGUAUAUACUCCAAAUUGCCCAGGACAAAGAGGUGCGCAAGACGCUGGUAACAAUAUUGCGAAGCUUGCUGGACUGUGAGCUUGCUGCGACCCAUUGUAGAAGUCGGAGACCUGAUGUGGCUCCCCUGUUUUGGGCUGUAGUGGUUUGUGCAAGUAUCAUACAGUAGGAUGUGCUUGUGAUGUGUAGGUGUGUCAGAGUCAGGAGAGUUGUGGCGAAGAGAAACUUUGCGUCUGCUUGGUCUACUUCUGGAAACAGGUGGUGACUGCGGUGGGGCUCACGCGAAGAAAAGAUCCUAGCAGACAGGUUCAGGAUGACCGUGUGUUCCCGAGUAUAGUGAUGGUGGGCGAUAGGUGUACGGCCGUGCACGCGUGGCAGCGUGUUUGUUUAGACGUCACAACACUGUGUUGUUGAUGUGUGUCUGUUUUGAGGGAGUGACAGCGGCGGUGGUUAUAAGGGGCUGGAGCUUGGAACAGUAUUGGUGUGUGUGGCUGGUGUAUUGGGAUGACAUCUCAGUCGGGAAGGGGUUGGAAUUGGCACGGUGUUGAUUGCGGUAGGGGUGUAGCAUCUGUCGUUUCACCUGUUGAUUGAUACUACAAUCUUGUGCUGGUUUUCUUGUGAUACCCUAUGGCCUGUGUCAAUAGGCCAUGCGGCCACCAAUUGGAGUGUUUGAGUGUUGUUAUGGCAUGAAUCAGCAACAUCUUGUGAUGAGCACCUUGCUUGAAUCAAUACACGCCACCCUGUCAGCAACAAGAGUGUAUUUUCCAUGGAGGCCCAUUCACACUGCUCGCCACCUCUCAGUUGUCGCCGAUGACAUGAGAGUGCAUCCCGCAUGACGCCCAGGGUAUCGCUGGGGGCCAAGCCGCAAGCUAUUACACUGCCAAGAUCGUGUCGUUUUGCGACCACGACGCGCCUCAUGCUGAGAAAGGGUUUCGUCAUUGGUAACAGAACCGUCCCAAACCGUCCGUGUUUGUUAAGCUGCAUGUAUGUGGACGGGUGGGUGGUCGGCUUGUCCUAGACAAGCCACUUCGGACUGGUGGGCAAAUGCCUGCAGUCUUUCCCACGCUCAAUACGCGCUCGAUGAACGUGUUGACAGGCCCGAUCACGCUAGCUGACAUACCGAUGCACUGGUGUCACGCGAGCAGUGUAUACACGACGGUAUUCCACUGUAACAGGCACUGCAAUAUGCCACAAUCAGUACAGGCCAGACUGACGAGGUGACCUGAUCAUGAUCAUGUGUGUACAGUGAGUGGUACAUUAGGCCUGCUCAUACACACACAGUCCCUCCGGCUCUCUCCCCGCGGACGCAUUCCCAUGCUUGUCUGAUUCAGUGUUGAACCAAAACAGACAUGCAGUCAUGCUGGUGAUGGUGUUGUAAUAUGGUGUGCAUGCUUGACUUAGUCAUGUAUUGUCCUAUCUCCGUAACGGACCCCCGUGGAGAUUUUGGAGAUUUGGUGUUCCUAAGUCAAUAUUGCGGUUGCGCAGAUGCUCAGUUGAAUGCGAAGCUGCUUUCCGGGGUAAUGCUGACGGAACCGGUGCGAGUGUGUGUGUGUGUGUGUCUCUGUGUCUGUGUGGGUGUGUGUGUGUGUGUCAUUCCACUUGGAUGCAACCACUAUUCCACGACUGUGUCGAUUCUGGCUAGUUGAUUUCAUCCCGAACAUGUAACUUAUGAUGGUCGACUUAGUUGACAGGAUUUUUGGCCGAUGGUGUGCCCCCCCCCCCCCACACACACACAUAUACACACACACACACGUACACACGUACACACACACACACAUACGUACACACACACACACAUAUGUUCAUACACAGAUGGAUAUGUGUACCAGGCAGUACUGUCUACAGUAGUGGAUAUAAAGAAUGAUAUGCACUUACACUAGCAGUUCACCUUUACCCCUGCAUGUACACGAGACUGGACAGUGGACCCUUCUUUAACCAUUCACUAUAUUCACUCUUCUCUGUGUUUUGCACAGAUGGGCAUGCCGUCUUCUGCAUGUAUUUCACCACCUUGCUUGCGGCCACGGCAACCACGUUGAUUACUAUAGCUACGCACCAGAAGAUUGUGCCCCUGCAGGAGCCUUUCCGCGGCGGGUAUCUCGGUGACGCGGCAACCAUGCAAGCAAGCACUAAGUAACAGUUAUCCGUGAUAAGGAUGGACAGCUGCGACGGCUUGGCAGCGUUAGCAUGUGGCCGUGCUCAAGCUCCUCUCCCUCGCCGUGUGUGCUGCGCCAGGGCCAGUGGCACUACUACCAGUACCACUACUAGCACAGUAACCAUGCGUGUCAUAGUAUGCUGCAUAGUGGCGUUGCUCCACCCUACUGCAACCGCAUCGCCCCUCCGUCAACAUCUCAACCAGCGGACCGAGCCAGGGGCGACACGCGGACACCUAGCACAGUCCAGUGACGGUAGCCGGAGUAGUCGUAACGCCGACGACAGCAGCAUUGCUGGCGGGUUUCCUCUGCAGCAGCCUCGGGUGCACGGUGCCAUGGUGGAAUCCCGCAGAUCAAAGAAGACGGGAGUGAGACCGGUGCUGACGCAGCUGCACGACCGCAUCAUUUCCAGCACCGUCCUUAGCUCAAUACCAGCCAUGGCACCCGUGCCUGUCGUGCCCGAGAGACAGCAACGCCGACUAGCAGAGCACGACGUACACGUACCUCUUGCUAACACGGAGACCAGCGCUCCGUCGACUGAACAGGCCGCCGAGAACCCCAUCGAGAUUGCGGUGAGCCGAGAAGACGAGCAGCCAGUAAACAUGAGAGGCAGGGAGCCCGUUGUCCAAUCGCAGCAUCAUCAUAGCCAAAGUACAAACCGGAGUAAUCUUGACGGCGAAAGCUGUAGACUGAGUCGUAUGAGCGUCAUUGUUCGACGUGGCGGCUGUAGGAAGUAUGUGCACACCAAUGUCUGCCAGGGAACGUGCAACAGCAAAGUGAAAGCGGAACGACGACCGCCGUUCGUACAAUAUUUGCCGAAAUGUUGUCAGCCACGCACGUCUAAACCAGUUGUGAUCGACAUGAAUGAUGAUGAGUGCAUCCAGCAACGCAUCAAGAGGAAGAAAACGCGCCUCACCCGCUACACGAAUAUCACACUAUUGGCUGCGACCAGCUGCUUCUGUGGCUCAUGCUCUUUCUGAGCGUGACUGAGUGAAUGCGUGUGUGUCUGUGUGUGUGUUUUGUGUGUGUGCGUGCGUCGUGUGUGCACGCGCGCUUGAUUAUUGUUUUGAGUGUGCGGUAAUGUAUCCGGGUGUAUGUGCACAUACAUUGGCGCCCGUGGAAUAGAUUCUCUCCACCUCCAUACUUUAUGAGCACGAACGUUGACGAACCGUCCUAUAUUGGCCAGCCACUUCUUUGAAACUGAUUGCUGCACGCUGCUCUUAUUAUACCAAUUAUUUUCAGUUGAGAAGGGCUGUUGGAGUACAUUUUUAGCUGCCUGACACAGCCCCACCAUCCACCAUAAUGUGUUUAUGACUCAGCUUGUAAUUAUAAUUACUUUUUAAAACUUCUCUCCAUGCAUAUCAUAAGCACUGAGACAGCGGUAGAGACUGACAGAGAAGCAAUACGAUCAAGCGGAGUAACAUUCACGACCAGGUUAUCUACCGUUCAUGCACGGGACUGAGUGAUACGAAUUAUUCUUAUUCUACUUGAGAGCCACUCUUGAUAUUUUCAAUGCCAAAUUUAAUAUUCUUCAGCAAGGUUAAUCGAGGCUAGAAUAUAUGCCUACAUUAAUAUUCAGAAUCAUUAAAGUAUUUUUCCACAACCAUAUAUAAUUUUAAUGGACAAGCAGUGUUAGCCGAGUGACAACCACCUGGUAAAUUGGAAAUGAUAUUCA